UUAGCUUUUUGGGAGUGGAAUUUUAGCAAGUUUUUUAGUUUUCUUCUUUUAUAUAUAUAUAUAUGAACCUACCUUCCUUCCUUAGGCCAAAUUGAGAAGAGACAUGACGAAGGAAUUGAGCGACACAACCGAGGUGAGUGUUGGGUUGGAAGCCCUGUGGCAAGCCUUCUCAAAGGAUUUGGCAGUAACGGUUGUAAAAGUUAUUCCAAAUAUAGUGAAAGAUGCGACCGUGGUGGAAGGUGAUGGUGGCGUAGGCACAGUCUUUCUCUUCAAAUUUUUCUCCGGUGUGAGCCCAGUGAGUUACCAGAAGGAGAAGAUCACAGAGCUUGAUGAGAUUUCUCAUGAAAUUGGGCUGCAAGUGGUUGAGGGAGGGUUUCUGGAGAAAGGCUUUUCAUACUUUAAGACAAGUUUUCAACUAUCUGCAGUGGCAGAGGAAAAGACUUUGGUGAAGGUGAAGAUCUCUUUUGACUCUGAGUCUGAGAUCGCAGAAAAUGUUCAACCUGUGAAGUCACUAGAGUCUGUUUUAUCCUUUGUGCGAUGCCUGGAAACAUAUCUGUCGAAUGAUGCUUGAAUUGUAGAUGCCUGAAAACAUACCAGGAUCCUUAUGUUAUGCCUUUUAAUGUUUGAAUAAUGUGUUUAACCAAAAUAAACUUAUGUUUGAAUAAUGUUUAAAGAAAUGUGCCAGUGAGGUCAUUCUUUUCCUUCUUA